AUGAAGGACACACUGGAGCUGGAAAGGACCCCGAAACAUGAAAAUGCUAAAAGAUUGUCGUUUAGCAGGGAAACUGAAGAAAGUCCGAAGUCGCCGCAGACUCCAUCGCCUCCAAACAAUCGUGGCAGUCGGUCAAACCGGAGGACGUCCGUGUCGCACGGGUUUCUGGCGUCGCCACUGCCGGGCAGCUCGGCCAAGAGGUCGAGUGGGUCGGAUUUUAUCGUCCCGGAGUCUCCAGGCGUGAAAACGCGGCUUCUGCCACCAACCACGCCCAAGUCGCGAAACGCAGAAGUCUUUCUGUCGCCGUCCCCCAAGCUUAAGUCCUCGGGCAUCCAGAAGGACACCGAAAGACCUAUCCGUGAACUUUCCAACAACCUGAAAACUAGACUCAACUAUGCUUUUGUCAAGCUUCAGAAUGGCUGGACCGAUAAGACACUGCCGCAACUGGAAUCUGGGACAGACGACUCGCCCGAAAAGCCACUGGAAGUACCCAAACUGCGCAACACGGCCUACAGCAACCGGUUUUUGGAGGAAGAAGACUCGGGCAACAAUUCUGCACACGCUGCGUUGAUGAACGCGCUGGGCAGCCCGAGAAAAAAACAGCAACAACAACCCGGUUCCUCGUUUUCCUCUGGAGGCUUGCUUGCAAGUCCCCAAAAGCCCGCACCUCCUCCAAUUAUCACCAAGCCUGUCAGCGUCGCUGUCAGCCCGGCUGACAAGCCAAAGACACGGUCAGAAGACCAGCCUUCGGAGGUUGAAGCCAUAGAAACGCUCAUGUCGUUAUCGUCCCCGAAAAAAGCAUCGCAUAACGCCAGUCAGGAGUUCACACUUCCGCCUCUGCCGCACCCGGCGUCGUCGCAAGGUCAACCAGGCGUGCACUCGGACCCCACGAUCGUGGGGAUGUCAUCGCGAUCUUCCUCGUCCAGCUCCUCUGUCCCAAAUACAUUGGCUAAACCCUUUCUGCUGAAGGGCAACACUGGCACCAGCGCACAGGUCUUACUAGACGUGGAAACGGACGUUGAGGAUGUCAACGGAGACUAA